AUGGACGCCGCCGCCGCCAAGCACGUCGGAGCUAGAAUUCUAGGCGAGGUAGAGGAGGAAAGCCUUGAAGAUUUGUUAAAUCGCCUUCGCGAUUCGAUUCUCCCGCCAUCACAGGGCCACCCACCUCUCAACCCCCAGAUCCCUAUCACGUCUCUCUCAACAUUGAUAUCAAAACACCAUCAUGCGAACCAGUCGGCCCCACCACCUGUCCUUUCCCUGUCCGGUCGCUAUCUCCCCUUUCUCUACCAUCUCACCUCCACGCUGAUCGCGGCACCGCAUCGCCACGCCAUCGUCAUUGUUGACGUAGACCACAGAUUUGACGUGACACGCCUGAUCGCUCCGUCCGCGGACAGGAACCUACCGGCCCGACCGGGAGACUUGGCGCACAUCUACAUCUACCGCCCAGCCCGGUCUUCGCCCCAUUCUGCUGCGACGGGCGACCCUCCCCACAACCAGACCCAGGCAGCCAUCAGCGCCGCCCAGCAGCAUAUGCUCUACGGCGCUCACGCGUCGCGCGGUCGGGUGUGGUGGGGCACUCUCGUCGUCGGUGGCAGCGGGGGCGACGUGAAUGCCGGAUGGAGAGGCUGGAUGGACGUGCAGCGAGAGGAGGUUGCCCCUUUCGGCUUGGGCGUGAGUGCCGAGGAAGCGCUGGAGGAGAGGGACAAGAGAUAUGAGAGGGUUCGGGAAAGGGGUUGGGAGGGUCGGAGCCGGGUAGGCGUAUAUUCAUGGGGUCAAGGGAACGCAUGA